AUGCUCUGUCAGGAGGCAGGGACCGAAGGUGAGCAGCGCACGGCCAGAGACAGCCGCGACUCCAUCCGGCUAUACUCGCUGCGCGAAGGCGUCUGCAUCCCGCGCAGUGUGCUUUUCCAGCACUACACCGUCUGCUGCUACGAGAACGGCAUGGUGCCUGUCAACGCCGCCAGCUUUGGCAAGAUUGUGCGCCAGGAGUACCCACGUCUCACGACACGACGGCUGGGCACGCGCGGUAAAUCGCGCUACCACUACUACGGCCUUGCCGUCGCCUGCUCGUCACGCUUCUACAGUCCGCUGUACGCCAAACAACACGCCGGCAUGAAGGUGAAAAAGAGAUCGACGAAAACUUUCAGCGAGGAGAAGCCGGCGCCGCGUCCAGCCCGGGUGGCGCUGCCCGAGUUCCCGUCGGUCAGCAGGAUCGCCUGGCGCGAGCCGGCUGUGCAGCGGGCUACACUGCACCGCUUCCUCGUCAUGUACCGUACCCACUGUCAGCGCCUGCUCGACCUGGUGGCUGCCGGCGACUACGGCGACGUGCAGGGCACGGUGACGCUCUUCUGGCAGGGCAUGCCGCAGCACGUGCGCGGCCUGCUGCGUCACGACGCCAUGGUGCAGGUGGUGGCCAGCUGCGACGGCAUCCUGUACGACACGCUGACCGAGCUGCUGCUGCCGUCCGAUAGUCUGCGGGGAUUGCAAGGUGUAUCAGGCAGCACUGCGUUCCAGCCGUCGGUGGAGCGGUCUCUGGAGGCGGCCGCGUUCGGUCUGCAGCUGCACGGCUGGCUGGCCGCCUGUCUCGCGCACACUCCGUCCCAGCUGCAGCAGGCCAAACUGGACGGGUGCGCGGAGAUGGCGCAGGUGCUGCAGCGGCUGCCGGCGCUGUGUCAGGCGCAGCACGCCUGUCUGUCCCUGCUGCGGGACGGGCCAACGCUGGCUCGCCUACAGGCGGACUGGCGAGCGGUCGACCUGUUCAAGGUGGUGCAGCUGACGCUGGCCGAGGCACCGCACGCCGACUUCCACUGUCUCACCAACGGUGCCGGCCAUACCCUGCACGCCUGGCUGACGCAGUAA